UCUAGGUCGCACGUGUUUGGAUGUUUAUGGUGGGCAAAUUGAAGGUCCCGGGUUUAACGAUUAUAACGAAUCGUUUACGUCACUACUUUCGAAACAUGGACGCCCAGGAACUGCAGCCGCCCAGUGCGGUGCGUGGAAUGCAGGAGCUGCAGAGGGAGCAGUUCCGGAAGAGCGUCCAGGUGCCCAGAUUACGGGUGCCCGAGUCUCAAGUACAGCGAGUGAUGCCGCUGGUCAAGAAGUUCCUGCUCAAAAUGGAGCACCUGCAUCCGGUCCGGGCUGUGGAUCACAACCGGGAGAUCCUGCUGCAUCCAGUGGCUAUUAAGGAUUGGGAAUCCCUGCCUAUAGAGGAUCUGGAGAAGCAGCAAGUCACCGCAGAGAACUUCUGCCUCGCCGAACUCGAGUUAAGCUACGAAAACUGGAGUGCCAAUGAGAUCCUCAAGAGCGUGCUGCCCGCGGAGGAGGAGGGCUUGACCUCCUACUCCCGCAUCGGUCACAUUGCCCACUUGAAUCUGCGGGAUCACCUGCUGCCCUACAAGCAGCUUAUCGGCCAGGUGCUCCAAGACAAGCUGCCCAAUUGCCGCACGGUGGUCAACAAGGCCUCGUCCAUAGACAACACCUACCGCAACUUUCAGCUGGAGCUGAUCUGCGGCGAGGCGGAGUACCAGGUGGAGACCAAGGAGAACGGCGUGCCCUUCGAGUUUGACUUCUCCAAGGUGUACUGGAAUCCACGCCUCUCCACGGAGCACGAAAGGAUUGUAAAGAUCUUGAAGUCAGGAGAUGUGCUCUAUGACGUCUUUGCUGGCGUGGGUCCGUUCAGUGUUCCUGCUGCCAAGAAGCGCUGCCAUGUCCUCGCUAAUGAUCUGAAUCCCGAGAGCUUCCGCUGGCUGCAGCACAAUGCCAAGAGAAACAAGUGUUUAGCCAGUAUAAAAAUGUACAACAAGGACGGCAGGCAGUUUAUAGCCGAAGAGGUGCGGGAGGAUUUGCUUAAGCGUCUGCUGAGCACAGAUACUACUACUUAUGGCAUCCACAUAACCAUGAAUCUACCCGCAAUGGCUGUGGAGUUCCUGGACGCUUUUCGUGGUCUCUACAAGGCAGAGGAACUAAACGAGUUGUCUGAAAACGUUUGCUAUCCCACUGUUCAUGUUUACUCCUUUGCCAAGGGUGAGAACACCAAGGAGUUGGUUCGCCAACUGGUGGAAAACAAUCUGGGAGUGAACCUAGAUGAGGAGAACCUCCUCCAAAGCAUCAACUUUGUGAGGAAUGUGGCUCCCAACAAGGACAUGUACAGGGUUUCCUUCAAGUUAUCCCUGAAAUUACUAACCACUUUAAAAGACAAUGAAAUCAAGAGAAAGCGUUUGGCGGAGGAGGAGGAGCCUCUAACCGCCAGUAAAGUGAAAUGUGUUUGA